AGAGUCGCUUAAUGCAAGAUAAGUAGAAGAGGGGCAAAAACCUAAACGAAAGUCAUCCUAAAACCUGGACAACAUAAUUACAACGUGUUACAACUUGCAGUUCCUAUCUUUCUACGCUGCUGCAUCCGGCUUAUUCGGGAUUGCUACAGUGUAUUUGUUUGCAGUUGUGAGACAAAUUUCAACUUCUACCUCUUCUGAUAGGGGUUUCGUUUCUGCUUUCUGUAGUUGUCAAAGCGGAAUGAAUGACAAAGACAAAGGCUGAUGUUCAUUCGCCAACUCACUUUGUCUCGCCCAAGGAAAGGCGACACAGGCACAAAAUGGAAAGCGGGACGGAGAACGCCAACAGCGGGCAGGCGCAGCCCCAACAACAGCACCAGUUCGAGCAACAGCCCGUAGUGCAGUCCAUCCAAGUGAACGAGAAGAAAAAGAUCAACCGGGCUCCAUCACCCGCCAGACCCAAGGAUGUGCCUGGAUGGUCCCUCACCAAGAUCCGGGGAGGCAUCGGUACACCAACACUGAGCGUUAAACCAGGAUCCAUACAUUUAGGCAGCCGGGUGUCCAGGCGUAGUCCAGGUAGCGGAAAAGAGACCAAAUCAGAGAAAGGAAAACUGCCGGGGAAAUCCACACUAUCGGUUGCCAGUGCCCAGAAGAGCGGCAGUAAAUCGAUGAAAGGUGGUCGGAAGAAGGUGUCCGAUGCAAGCAACGCUACGGACGACCUGAGCAAAGACUCUGGUUGCGCCGCGGGCAAGCUGUCGCCAACGGAUAGCAGUUCCGAGAUCUCCGAUUGCGCCUCGGAGGAGAAUAAACUCUCCACCGAUGCUCUGAGUAGUGACACCGAAUCCAGCAGCCGAGGCGGGGGGCCCGAGGGCGAGAAACCGAGCAGGGACUGCGGAGAUGGACCGCUGGAUAGGGGUACUCGUGGUGACCAUCAUGCCAAGACCCCCGUAGAUAAGGACCGACUCUCAUUUGGAGUGGAGACCGGGGAGGGGAGCAUUUCUCCGGGGGAUGAACGGUCUCUCACCUCGUUCGACAGCCGGGUGCCUGCCAGCACAUCCCUGGCUUUCUCCGACCUGACAGAAGAGUUCAUGGAUGGCAUGCAUGAAGAAUUUGUCCGGGAAAUCGAGGAACUGAGAUCAGAAAACGAUUACCUAAAAGAUGAGAUGGAGGAGCUGCGCUCGGAGAUGUUGGAGAUGAGGGACAUGUACAUGGAGGAGGAUGUGUACCAGCUGCAGGAGCUGAGGCAGCAGUUUGAGCAGGCCAACAAGACCUGCCGCAUUUUGCAGUACCGCCUCCGCAAGGCCGAGAGACGCAGCCUCCGCGUGGCCCAGACGGGACAGGUGGAUGGGGAGCUCAUCCGUACCCUGGAGCAGGACGUCAAGGUGGCUAAAGACGUGUCCAUCCGGCUGCACAACGAGUUGGACUCUGUGGAGAAGAAGAGGGGCCGUCUGGAGCAGGAGAACGAGGAGAUGAGGGUCAGGCUCCAGGACCUCGAGGUAGCCAAGCAGGUCCUGCAGGCUGAGAUGGAGAAGCAACGAGAGAACUCUCUGAAGAAGCGAGGCGCUCGGCCAAACAACAAGCCAGAGAAGAAGCUGUCUCCCCAGGAGGACAGUUCGGACCUCAAGUGCCAGCUCCACUUUGCCAAGGAGGAGUCAGCGCUCAUGUGCAAGAAGCUGACCAAGAUGGCCAAGGACAGCGAGGAAAUGCGGGAGGAGCUGGCCAAGUACCGCUCGGUCUACGGCGAUGUGGACGCCUCGCUCACCGCGGAGGAGGUCAACGACUCGCCCCACACGCGCGAGGCCGACGUCAGAGUUCACCUGAAGCUGGUGGAGGAGGAGGCCAACCUGCUGAGCCGGCGCAUUGUGGAACUGGAGGUGGAGAACCGCGGCCUGCGGGCCGAGAUGGACGAUAUGAAGGGCCAGGAGCUGCCACCAGGCCUGGGGGUCGGAGGCAUGGGAGGUCCUGGAGGAGGAGGUCUGGAGAAUGUGAUGGAGCUCCAGAGGCACCUGCAGUUUGUCGAGGAGGAGGCGGAACUGCUGCGGCGCUCGCUGUUGGAGAUGGAGGAGCAGAACAAGCUGCUGAUGAACGAGAUCAACCGCUACAAGUCGGAGCUGCCGCUGGCGUCGGACCCAGACGAGGACGACUCCUCGUCCAUCUCUCUCCUGGAGGACGGUCAUGGUGGGGGGGCUCUGAUCAGCACAGAGGCCCCCCAGGAGGAGCUGCUGCAUACCGCCAGGCUCCAGAUUGGGGAUCUGAGCAGCAAGGUGAAGAAGCUCCAGUAUGAGAACCGUGUGUUGCUGUCCAACCUGCAGCGCUGCGACCUGGCCUCUUACCACAGCUCUUCCAGGCCCGCCCUGGAGACCGACGCAGAGGCAGGGGACUCAGCUGAGUGCCUCCCCAGCCAGACUCACCGCGAGGGCCCCAUCGGAGGGGAGAACGAGCCCCUGGAGGAGAGGGAGAAGAAGAUGUCCACUGGGGUUCCUGUCCCCCUGCACGGUGAUGUCCCCAUGGGGCUGAAGGACCGCGAAUCCCUGCUAGCCAUGAGGGACCAAGCCCGCCUAAUCUCUACAGCCAUCCAGCUGCUGACUGCCUCCGACUCCAACUGCCCUUCCAUCUCCCUCUACCGCAAGAUCUCCUCCGGGGAGGCUGCAGAGCCAUGUGUCCCAGAGAAGAUCCAGCAGGCCCAGCCCUCGGAGCUCCAGGAUCUUCCCCUGGUGGAGGCUCUGACUGGCAGGCUGCGAGCACUGCACACCCAGCUCCAGGCUUUUGUGGAGCGGGUUGAGAGCCUAGGCACCACCCCCCCAGGGAGGGCACAGGUGGAGGGGGCAUCCCCCCUGCCUCUACUGUCCGAGGCUGGGGACUCUGUGGUGGGUGCACCCUCUGCCUCUCACCCCUGCCCUCCAGACGACCAGGCGGGUGAGAUCCCCGCCGAGCAGAAGCAGCCCCACUUUAGGGACCAAUCAGAGCACGAUGUGAAAGGUCAGAAGGAGGAGGGUGACAGCCGCACUGACCGCAACCAGACCCAGGAAACACAGGAGACAUACACAGCUCUGCAGAUCAAUGAGCUGCAGGCCCUUCUGUCGGAUGCGAGGGAGACGGCUCACGGGACGCAGGAGGAACUGACUCUGGAGAGACAGGCCCACCGAGACCACACCCACAGCAGUUCUCAGACAGUCUCACAGCUGCAGGAGGAGCACCAGAAGGCCCUGACGAGGAGGGACUUCCAGCUGCAGAGUCUGAGUCUGCAGACGCGGCUGCAACAGAAGUUCUGGAGCCAAGAGAGGAACCUGAUGGUGCAGGAGUCCCAUCAACUCAAACAGACCCUGCUGCUGCUCAGCCUCAAGCUGCGCUGCUUCCUCAAACAGUGGCGUCUGGGACGCAAGCUGGACACGGAGGCCAAGGAUGUCCUGGAGGUGAACAGUCUGAAGGACCUGUACCUGCUGCUGGAGGAGGAGAGUCUGGCCGCCCACCAGGGAGACAACAAGAUGGCCGCCGCAGAGGACCAGCCCCUCAGCCCCAGCAUCUCCAAGGAGCUCUGCCUGCUGGAGAAGAGCUACAAACAGACGAGCGGCGUGAGCAGCACUCUGGCGGACCUGAAGGGAACGCUCCAGGAUCUGAGCGGAGAGCUGCGAGAGGAGCGCCAGGGCUCACAGGAACUCACCCAGCAGUUUGCCCGCGCCAAGGCCUCCUGGGAAGUGGAGAGGACAGAGCUCAAGAGCCUCAUCACCCAGCUGGAGAGCAAGUUGGGCCAAGCUGUGCUGGCCGGUGGAGAGAAGGACCUCCAAGGACCUCCCGACCUGAAGAUGGCCCUGAAGAGGGAGCGCGAGGAGUACCCGCACCUCCUGGCCGACUCGUACGCCGCCGUCAUGGACCUGACCAAGCAGCUGCAGAUGGGAGAGAGGAACUGGAGCCGUGAGAAGCUGGAGCUCCUGGAGCACUUCAAUCAGGAGAGAGGCCAGUGGGAGCAGAGGCUACAGAACAAGAUGUCUCUGCACGACAAAACUACCUCCGAAAGGGAAACUGCAACAGACGCUGUUACAAGUGGAAGUAAUUUACCAAGGACCAAAUCCAUCCCGUCCAUGCCAGAGUUGGAGGGACUGCUGGAGGCCUGUCCUUUCCUUCCGGGUCAGGAGAUCAACGGGACAGCCAAUGAGGAGGGAGAGAAGGACCAGCCCAACACCCAUGCCCCUCCCCUUCUAGCCCACACAGACCUGGGUGACCUCACCAGGAAGAACUGGAAGUACCUGACCAAUGAGGUGGCUAUGAUGGAGCAGGGUAAUGCCCCCUUCAAGACGUGGGACUGCCCCAGCUCCCCCAGUAGUUUCCUGGGCCUGGGGAGCAUCCAGAGGAGCUACACGGCCCCCGACAAGACCGGUAUCCGCAUCUACUACAGCCCCCCUACCAUGCGCCGUAUGGAGAGCCGGCUGGCCAAGGAGAAGCAGGACAAACCUCAAGCCCAGCAAGGCCACCUGUCCCGGGCUUCAACUCCGUCAGACGCUGGGGCCCCGGAGGGCCAGCCUCCCUCUUCCUCCUUUGCCUCCUCCUCUUCGUCCUACGACCAGUGGCUGAGCUCUCUGUCCGAGCAGCACAGGGAACUUCUGGAGAACAGCAGCGGUGGCGCGGGGGUGGCGCCCUUCCACGGCCUGGAGAUCUCUGCCAACCUCUCGGACGACAUGAAGGAGAUGACAAACUGCGUGCGCCAGGCCAUCCGCUCCAGCUCUCUGGAGAGGAAGUGCAGCAAGGACGCGGCCAGCCAGACGGUAGGGGUGUCUAGCCGCUCCACCCAGACGGCCCAGUUUGUGAGCGUGGGACUGCAGACGGACGGGCUCGGGUCUCGGGGGGUGGGGGGCCUCCACACCAAGUCCUCCUGGUCCCCCCGGCCCUCGUCCUCACUGGCCUCGGCCCGCUCACGCCACAUCUCCUCGUCCCUGGAUAAGGUGCACAGCCGCAUCGACAGGCCCUGCUGCUCGCCCAAGUACGGCUCCCCCAAGCUACAGCGCCGCAUCUCCGCCUCCUCCUCCAAGUUGGACGGAGGGGGGUCAUCCUCGGCUUCCUCCCGGGAUCGCAGCCUGUGGAACCUGCACCAGCGCUCCUCGACCUCCAGCGGCUCGGCCUGGGCCCGCUCCACCACCACCAGGGACAGCCCCGUGCUCAGUGGCCUCAACGACGGCCUGUCCAGCCUGUUCAGUGUGGUGGAGCACUCAGGCAGCGUGGAGUCCCUGUGGAAGAGUGAGCCGGGGGUCAGCCCAGCCCGUCAGGCAGCAGGGAAGCCCUCUGGCCCUGGCCCCGACACCGGAGCCCAGAAAUACGGUCCCUUCCAGGAAUUCUUCAGGAACGUAUGCGGUCGGACCGGGACGCCCAUGCCUGGGGGAGGGGAGAGAGGGCAGAGGGAGGUGGGGGCCACGGAUGAGCCUAAGCCAGAGUGCCUCUCCGGGGCCUCGCUGGUGGGGAACGACAGUGUCACCAAGAUCGUUAACAAGAGGUUCAUGAGACAGAUGCCCAGGGAGGAGCUUGGGGCCACCGCCAGGGACCCCACCGCCAGGGACCCCACCGCCAGGGACCCCACCGCCAGGGACCCCACCGUCAGGGACCCCACCGCCAGGGACCCCACCACCAGGGACCCCACCACCAGGGACCCCACCGCCAGGGACCCCACCGCCAGGGACCUGACCAUGAGCUCUAGCAUUGAGGAUGCAGUGUGUGAUUGCACCUCCCAGGCUCUGACUUCCUGCUCCGUCCGGCCCUCCCGCUCGGCCACACGCCAUUCACCGGGCCUCUGCAUCCACCUCUCCCAGGAGUCUCCAACGGCAACAGAGGAGAGAUUGGAUCCAAGCAAUGAGUGAUGGAUCAGAGAGAGCACGGAAGCUCACACUGCCACACACACACACGAACAUGCAUGCUGCCUCGCCAACACACUGCCACAUAGGCUACAGUACUGUCACAAAACGUACACGCACACACACAAACAUCUUUGCUCACACACAUACAUACAUAUAUACAUACACCUACAAACCGCCACACAAACACUGCCACAUGCAUAAUGUACAUACACACAAUUCCCCGCAAACUGCCACACAGAAUCACUGUCACACGUGCGCGCGCACAUACACAGAUGUCUAGAAUUGGAACUAAAACCCAAGCAGAAUAUUCUAAUGCCAAGGACAAAGGAAGACCCCGAUCUCCUAGGAUUCCUCUGUGACCACCAUAUCCACUGUCAACUACCAGCAGGACAACCCCACUUCACACACUACUCCCUAUAUAGUGCAGUAUUUAGGGAAUCGGGUGCCAUUUUGGACAGUGUUUUGGAUUUAUAUCAUGUCAGAACACUCAGCACUCUACUUUACCUGGAAUUGCACAGGGGGAAACAUCCUGGACUAUUGAAUUAUCACCUCUUGCCGUUGUCAACCAUCAACCAUAAAAAAAACGCCUGUUCAACGUUUCUUUGUUUUUUUUACGUCAACUGCCUGAUGUUAUGCUUGUUGUUUUUCCAAAAGACUUGAAUCCGAUGUCGGGCUAGGACAUUGACGUUGCUAUGAUAUAUCACGUAUGAUAUGAUCCUAUGUUUUCUGAAGGUUGUUUGAAGGUUUGUCAUCUGCCUGCUGUUGACACACAAUGAUAGUAUGGUGGUUAGGACUAUGAGGGGUGUCUCCUGUGUGUACUGUACUGUAGGCUGUAUGAGUAUAGGAGGAACUAUACUCAAUUUAAACCCAGCUGUAAAGAUAACUCCCUGCCAGGAAAAAAACGCAAACUCCUUGUCCCAUUUUGAGACAAAAUGCAUUCCUUUGUUUAAGUUACAAUUCCAAUAACACUCUGGGUAAUCUGUUCAAUUGUGCGUGUGUUUCUCUUUCAUUGACUGUCGGUGUGUUCCUGACCUCUUUUCUCCUGCUUUGUGUGACAACAUCCUCUACAGAAGGUUAGCUCGUUACUUUCUCACGUCCUUUGUGUAAUAUGUUUAAUGAAGAAACAA